GAUAGAAUAAGGGUAUGUUUCAAUCAGUCGACGAUCUAUCUUCCCGCUCGGUUAAUCUCGAUAGAACUAAUUGAGUGUUUUUGUAUUCUUUGUUAUUUGUUAAAUUUUUACUUGUGUGAGUUGGACAAAACCACAGGGAUGGAAACUGCACUUUAUUUUGAUAAUUAGCACCCCCGUCGUCACUUUCCUUUUUUGUUCUACGACGCUCGAUACUCGCUCCAUGUUGGUUCGAAAAAUGCUCGAAUUGAAAGACGCUCGCUCGACUUUGGCUCGAUUGAAAAACGCUUGGUUCAGUUUAUAAACGAAUCAAGCACGAGCAAAGGUCGGAUCAGUUCGGCUCGGCUCAUGAACAGCCCUACCCUACUUCCUCUUUGAAUAUAGGUAUUGAUCAUGUUGACGUUUGAUCGAUUAAAAACAGAAUUUUCGUAAAAUGGGAAAUACAUAUAGCAAGACGCAAGUUGCCAAGUUGGUCACGUAGAAAAAAGAUUGGAUCAGUUACAAUAAAUGAAAAUAAUAUUAGCUGAUUUAUAGUUAUUUUUUACCUAUAGAAUUUUAAUGUUCACCUACCAUAUCUAUUACUUAUAUUAAAACAAAACAAUUUUGGCCACUUGGCAUUUGCUUAAACCUCUUUUUGCCACCUGUCAACUAAAUAUUACACACAAUUCUUCUUUGGGCGGCAAUCCAUCGAUUCACUUCCCAAUUUUCUCUAUGAUUGUACCGCCUUUCCAAUUGAUUGUAACGCUUAGAAAGAGAAUUCAACUUUCCAUAUUUUUGUUCGAAUCAUCUUCCAAAAUAUGUUUGAAUUCCCAUGUUUAAUUAUCUUUGAUCGCAGAAGCCGUAAAUCUAUAAAACCAGAUGACUUCUGGUGUGUCUUCUCAUCGAUUCUUAGGGCAAACGAUUUGUCAAUCAUAUCUGUUUGUUCACAAGGAUUUGGCAUUCAAACGAUCUGUCAACACUUAUUGAAGGUAUUUCGUAUGGCUGAAAGUUCAUCAAGUUUCAGACUACCCAGUUUUUGUAGGCACAUGAAUAAAGCAGACGAAUUUAUUAUGUGUAUUCCAGAUGACGCUGCGUGCACACUAUGGGGUGUAUAUAAAUGUCCUACGAAUGUUGAUAUAAUCACAGAAGAUGGCCGACAAUUUAAUGUUGGAUUAAGCGCCUCUAAAGGAAAGAUAUUCUUUUUUCAUGGUUGGUCUAAAGUUGUAGACCAUUUACGACUAACCAUUGGGUGUUUGGUUCUAUUUAAUCCUAUAGAUUAUGCUACGUUUAAGUUAACUUCUUUCCUUGAUGGGGUUAGUCAUACCACUUUUUGGACGUAUCUGCUCCCUCCAUCAUCUCAAUUUUAUGUUAUUCCAGAAUGUAUCCUGCCAAAACACUAUGAUUAUUCGUCAAAUGAUGUAAUAUCUACUGUUAUUACAGACAACAACACGUUUAACGUUCUCAUUAAAACAUUUGACGGAAAAGUAGGUUUUUCCGUUGGUAUUGACGUAAUUGUUAGUCAAUUACAGUUGAAUGAUGGUUGUUUUAUGUUUUUUACAAAAUCUUUUGGUAAUUUUUUCCAUUUAAAAGUUUUUGGGAAAAACGGGGUUGAAAUGAAAUAUUCAGACGUAGAGGUCGAUGAGGCUGAGGUUGCACCUCUUGAUGUUGAAAAUGAAAAUGAUGAAGAAAUAAAUGGCGGUGUAAAAAAGUUUGUUCGUAUGGCUGGUGAAGAUCAUUUUAGGAUUCCUGAUCCUGUUUCACGCAUGGCUAGACUUCAUGAAGGUUUAAAAGAUUUGACCGUUAGAUUUUCGCAUCUGGAUCCGCCAUUGCAGAUUACCAACGGUACCAGACGUGAAAGACGUGAAAGAAAAGGCAAGACUGGUUUUCGAUAUGCUUUGACCUCUUGGAAGAAGUUCAUGAAAGCCGCUAGGAUUAAGGUCCGUGACCAGGUUCACUUUUCCUUUAAUGAAAAUGAUCAGGUUUUGACUGUUGAGAGGGUUGUACCUUACGUUAGGCGUACCAAUUAGUUAUAAGACAAAUACGGCAUGUUUUUUGCCUUUGAAUUGUUUUUCGUUUUAACAUUGGUGUUGAUUUUGAAUUUCAA